GAUGGAGUUUCAGCAUGGGCUCUGCCUACCAGUUCCACAGCUGGCGAGUAUUUGUGAUCGUCUGCGCACUGCCUUGUGUCUCUUCCGUGGUAGCCCUCACUUUUAUGCCAGAAAGCCCACGGUUCUUGCUGGAGGUUGGAAAACAUGACGAAGCUUGGAUGAUACUCAAGCAAAUUCAUGACACAAAUAUGCGAGCUCGUGGUCAGCCUGAGAAGGUCUUCACGGUUAAUAGAAUCAAAACUCCAAAGCAGAUAGACGAGCUCAUAGAAAUAGAGAGUGAUACAGGAACUUGGUACAGGAGGUGUUUUGUUAGAAUUCGCACAGAGCUCUAUAGUAUUUGGUUGACGUUUAUGAGAUGCUUCAACUACCCUGUGAAGGAUAAUACAGUCAAACUUACAGCUGUAUGGUUCACCCUGUCUUUUGGCUACUACGGUUUAUCUGUCUGGUUUCCUGAUGUCAUUAAACAUCUGCAGUCAGACGAGUAUGCAUCCCGAGUGAAACAUUUCCACAAUGAGGAGGUUUCUCAUUUCGUCUUCAACUUCACACUGGAAAAUCAGAUUCACAGCAAUGGAGAAUACAUCAACGACAGGUUUGUUAUGAUGAAAUUUAAAUCAGUAACCUUUGAAGAUUCCCUUUUUAAGAACUGUGUUUUUGAAGAUAUUACUUCACUGAACACAUACUUCAGGAACUGUACUUUCAUGAAUACCACCUUCUACAACACAGAUCUUGAGCAAUAUAAAUUUGUUGACAGCGAAUUGAUAAAUUGCACAUUUUUCCACAUCAGGACAGGAUGCCAGAUUUCUUUCGAUGACGACUACAGUGCCUACUGGAUUUACUUUGUUAAUUUCCUGGGAACUUUGGCAGUGUUACCAGGGAAUAUUGUGUCUGCUCUCCUGAUGGAUAGAAUUGGACGGUUAACGAUGCUAGGUGGUUCCAUGGUUCUCUCUGGCAUCAGCUGUUUUUUCCUGUGGUUUGGGACCAGUGAAUCCAUGAUGAUAGGUAUGCUGUGCCUCUACAAUGGCCUCACCAUCUCAGCAUGGAACUCUCUAGAUGUCAUUACUGUGGAACUGUAUCCUACAGACAGAAGGGCAACAGGCUUUGGCUUUUUGAAUGCACUAUGCAAAGCGGCAGCUGUACUUGGAAACUUAAUAUUCGGUUCCCUUGUUGGUAUCACCAAAGCAAUCCCUAUUCUCCUUGCUUCUACUGUUCUAGUGUGUGGAGGUCUGGUAGGACUUCGGCUUCCUGACACAAGAACCCAGGUGUUGAUGUAA